AUGAAGAUACAAAUAACCUUGAUAUCCGUCAGUGAUAUAAAGAAUGUGGACAAUGUGGACAUAUUCCCAAAUUCGAAGGUUUAUGCAGUGGCGUGGAUUGAAGACGGCUCGCGACCCGCCAAGCAAAAAACGGCGGCCAAAGAGUACGGUACAAACCCUAACUGGAACAAGCUUAUGUCUUUCAUUGUGGACGAGGAGGCGCUUGAGCAGGACCAUUUCCGCUUAAAAUUGGAGCUCAUAUCGAAGAAGACAAUCGGCGGCAAGAAAGUUGGCGACGUGUCCAUCCAAAUUAAAUUUCUUGGUAAGUUCAACACUGGACGCGUAGGUUUCUGGAGUUACCGGGUGCGCGAUCCCUCUGGGAAGAUCACAGGGAAGCUCAACAUGACAUUCCAAGUUAUAAAGCCGGAGCUCGAGUCAAAUACCGAAGGGAGCACCACCCCACAACGAAAGAAAAGGAAAAAAGUGCCCUUGACCAAGCCGGAGCCCAAAUCAAAUGCCAAAGGGAGCCCUACCCCGCAGCGUAAGGAAAGGAACAAGUUGGCUUUAAGAACAAGGGUAAUUUUAGACUUUACAAGUGGUAUCAGAGCAGUUGGCUUUAAGAACAGGGGCAAUUUUAGACUCUACAACCCUCCCUACCCACCUUACACAUUACCACACUGUCCUCAGCAGGCUGGUUACCCUUACCCCCCCUGUCCACCAUACACGCCUAUGCCUGAUGCGGGCUAUACACAAUACCUUACACCCGGUGGGCAGUAUCCUCCGCAAUAG